GCUGCGCUGUGGGCUGGUGAAGAGGGGCUGUUCCCUCAGCAGAUCCCAGCUCAGUCCGUCCAGAGCAGCGGCGGGGAUGAGCGCGGGGCACCAGGAGGCAACGCAACAACUACGCAUUUCACAGUGAUGGCCUCAGCUGCGCAGCUGUGCCGGUGAUCCUGCCGCUGCACGGAGGGAAGAAGCAGAGACGCCUUGACAACCAACCUACCUUUCUUUCUCGCUCACUCGCUCUCUCGCUCUCUCGCUCUCAAAAAAUAAAAGGCAGAGAGAGGAAAAAAAGAAAACACACCAGCAUAAACAAAUGCGACCAUGUACAGCGUGGAGGACCUCCUCAUCUCUCAUGGAUACAAGCUGCCCAAGCAUACCACAUCCUCCUCCUCCACCCCCACCCCAGACCCUGUGUCCUCGUCCUGCCAGGGUCCCUCGUCCUCCCCGCCGUCUUACAACAAGCACCAUGAAGUCCUGGAGAACAGGCCUGGCCCCAGGGCGGUGAACGGCUACGACAGGGGGCCCGGGAUGCCUUAUGGGAACGGUGGCGGAUCCAGGCAGCCCCAAGCGUUCGGAAGUGGCUGUCCCAACAACAACAACAACGAACCCAGGGACAGGGGCCUUUCCAGACGCGAGGGCGAGAUCCGGUGCCAAAUUGAUACCCACUCCUUGGGAGAGUCACUGACCUCGGACAGCGGAUUCUGUGAUGGCACCAGAGGUCCUCAGUCGCAGUUCAAGGAUGUGUCCUACUGGAGGAGGAGAGGCCAGGACUUCACUGUGCUGUUGGACUGUGCUGACCUCAGAGAGACCCAUGGAGGAGGCCACAGGGGUUACGGCAGACUGGAGGGGUCUCAACAAGCAAGAGGCCAAGAGUUGUCUGCCGAGGAGUGUCAGAGAGCAGCUCAGGAGAGGCAGCGCUGGGCAGCCCAGGCCCAGGUCCAGGCUCAGGCCCGCUCUAGAGAGAGGGAAGCAGCUCUCCAUCAUUGGAGGAUGGUGAAUGAGAGGAAGUGCCAGAGCUUGGGGACAGAUGAGUGGCGUCCAGCCGUAAACUUUGGCCGCCAGCUGUCACAGAGUGAGGGUGAGCAUUGGGCACAGGAGCAGCAGCGACUCCAUGCCAGGACACCAGAGGGGAUGGUAGUCAAUCCCAGGGCCAAAGCCAAAUCCCAGUCCCUGCCCAGGAUGCUGCAGCCUGAAAGCCUGCAAUAUGUGGACAUAGACUCGUCCGGUCUGGAACUGUUCAGGCGGGUCAAUGGCCAUCCACUAUCACACUACGACCUUUACAGGCCACCCCGCUGGCCGGAGAAUGGGAGGCCGGCUAGCGCCAACCAACUCUCAAUGACACCAAAGCCCCGCUUCACACGACCCCCCAGACCUCCCUCUUAUGAGAUGCACCAGCAGAUCAGGGGAAGCUGUGAGAUGCUGUCUGGUAGAGACUCAGUGAUACUCCAGGCCAGGGACAGAACCCCACUUCCAAUAUUAAGGACAGGUGACGCUCAACUGGACUAUUUUGCACAGGACUCUGGACCCCCAGGAUACAUCCCUCCACCAUCAUAUACAAGAGCUCCUAUAAUGGGAGGUGGAAACCGGGGAUAUGGUGAAAUUGCUGUUGACUACAGGUACAGAGGGGACGUAUACCAGCAGAUACAAGUGGCUCCAGAUGCAUCUCACUGGUUCACCAGACAUCCAGCGGGUUCCUGGCCUGAUCCCCAGAGAGAAAUGAGCAUGAAGCAGCUUUACCCUGUGUACACUACCCAGGAGCGCCCCGGUGGAGGGAUCCAAUACAUCUCCUUUGAUGACCCCCGUAUCCGCCAUAUUUCCUCAACCCUGCAUGGCAACUCCCUGACGGACGCUAACAAGAUCCGCCACAUCCGUAAUGAACUUCCUAGUGUCACAGUGUCGGAGCCUGCAUCCAGUGACAGUGCCUUUUUGCCCCCACCAUUGGGGCCUUUCAUAGCUGCCAAACUGGCCGAUGAUGCUAACCAGAUGUCUUCUAGCGGCUUCGACAAUGACAAUAACAGGUGGCAUAGUGAUUUGCACAAAGAGGCUGUCGAUAACUUUCCAGCAACUGACCAAAACUGCAACAGAUAUCCCAAAAACCAACGUCCUCCUUCAUCUCCCUGUUCAGCCUUCCAGGCCCCAUUAACAAUAAGUUGUUCUCGUCAGGGGUCCAGCUCAGAUCAUGUCUUUGCAGAAACCAUCACCCAAGUGAAGAAAAUUGUCCCAGAUUCAGGGCCAGAGAACACUAAAAGAAGAGUGAGUGAGACCAUCUUCUGCCUUGUGUCUGUCCCUGUUCACACACCAAUACACAUGAGCAAAGACUUAGCGGCAGAUCAGAAUAACAAUGAGACAAUACCAAGCCUCACUGUCCCCAACACAAAGACUUUUGCUGUAGGCCUCAAAGAAAGCCCUCACGUGCGGAGCAAGUCGGUGAAUGAGAUGCCAAUCAAACCCCAUUACUCUCACUUUCACACCAGCAGCACAUCCUCAAUGAGGAACUACAAGAGGGCUCCUCUAAGGAAGGAGAUAAUAGAUGCCUGGGCACUUCAAGCCAGGGAGGACAAAGAGUUGUGCUGUGCUGGGUCCUGGCCUGGAAACCAGUACCGUAACCAGGAAACCCAAACUGGCUCACCUUUGACAAUUGUGAAAAGUCCAGAACCCCAGAGUCCUCCUGGGGGACAAGAGCCAGUUCAGUCUGUUUCAGACACAACCACAGAUAGUGGUGUGGGACCAGAAAGUAGCUCUUCUUAUGCUUAUCCCAUGGCAGGCCAGAAAAACCUUCAUCCCUCCAGCAACAGCGCAUUUUCCCGUCUCAGCCUCAGCCCAACCCAACCGUCAUCUCUCCAACCCACACAACAAGACCCAUCCUCCCCAUCAAAGGCCUGGGAUCAAGGAGAGCAGCCAUCGGCCCCUGGGAAGAGCAACUCCAAUCCCAUUGAAACUGCAGAGCAAGUGACCUUUGGUCAGUUUCUGUUAAAACCAGUGAACCGUCGACCCUGUGAUGCUAUCUGUGAACUGGAAACCAUUAAUAAGGAGAUGGAAGACACAAUCAGCAAAAGACCCAAUGUGGGUCAGUGCAUUGACGAUCUAAUUGGAGCAGAUAAGAAAUUCGACGGGUUUCAGUCAAGAGUACAGUUCACUGCUGGUCCAGAACCAGACAGGGAAGCAAUCAGUCUUCCAUCAAUGUACAUAGAAAAACCUACAAAUUUAAAACUCAGAUCUACAUCCUUAGAUUCUACCGCUGAUCUAGACUCUAUGGACAUUGAGAGUGCUUUGACCAGAAUACAGGCCAACAACAUACCAUCAACAGAUGAAUUAACCAUUCUCUCCAAGCCAGGCCGCAGAAAGAGUGGCCUUCUGCCUUCACUAACCCCACACAAUGACCCAAAUUGUCUCUAUAGACAGGACAUCCCAGUCCCUCAAGAGUCCUUGCUGAGAGAUGUGGGAUUAACAGUCUACACAGAGACUCCUGGUGGUCCUGGAGAGCCAAUGCAGCGCUCACUCUCAGUCCCAUCUCCACUCGAUCCCAAGGAGUUUAGUCAGACAAUGCAGCUCUCGUGGGAGAGCAGGACAGCACUUGUUAAAAAUAGCGGUAGCCCCAAGCACAAUUCAAAUAAAAAGCUUCAAGCUGAGGCAGAAACUGAGAUUAAGCCUAAAUCAGGCAAUGUUCCACCAUUCAGGGGUGAGGUGAAUUUAAGCAUCUGUAGAACAAGAAGUGAAAACAGCAGAUCACCUAAAAAAGAGAGUUUACCACAUAUCACCAGGCUGACCAGGGAGGUUUAUUUUAUGUUAAAAUAUGGUAAUGCCAAUGGGAGAUAUGCCAGCUCUGAGCCUUUGACCUAUAAGAAUGACUCGACCAUGGCAGAUAAACACCUCGAUAACUUGCUAAUUCGGGAGAAAGCCAAUUCUUUACCUGCAGAGGACCUCAGUAACCUGUGUGAGGUCAAAUACGCAAAAGGUAUCCCUAAAAAUGAGUCCAUCGAGCAGAGGGCUGCCAGAAUCUUGGGUAUAGCUGUUCCAGUGGAGUCCUUGGGUGUGGUUGACAACCAGGACAGUAUUGAUACCUAUGUAGUUGAGAAACUACACAGUCAGGGUGAAGAAACACAGCAGGUGAUAGGAGAGUGUGAGCUAGUCAACUAUGAGACCCAGAAUGUUCAGGGAGCAGAGACAGAGGAGGUCAAGGGGACAGAAUCAGGAGGAGACCACAAGGAAGGAAACAGACAAAAGCACAGCAGCAACCACAGUGAUGGGGAAGACACUGAGAUUCAGUCGUGCCUGGUAGUACUUGACCUGCCCGAGUUCCCGCCUCAAAUGCUUCCCCUAUCCCUUCCCGUCCCCCCCGAGGACAAGCUUUCACUCAGUACUUGCAGUGUGGAGAGGAGGGGGCAAGGUGGAGCAUGCAAACUAAUCGAAUCCUUGCAAGAUCGGCUAACAUCUUUCGCUGCUGCAUCUGUCACAUCGCUGGGCAAGUCAACCCCAGACAGAAUGGCCCGUCUGAAAGAGCUGUACUCAGUGUCUCGAAUAAGACGCCUCAGCCUCAAAGGUUCAGAGUCUGAAGGAGCAGUUAAUUCUGAAGAGAGAGACUGUGACAGAAAGGAGAGUGAAGUUCAGGAAGUCACAAAGGAGGAAGUUGUGGAGCAACAAAAAGAAAAAAUAUAUAAAAAAACAGAGGAAGAAGGGAAGGGGGAGGAGAACCCAUAUGAGCAUGAGACUGCACAUGAAACACAUGACAAGUUGGGAGAUCCUACAGAAGAUUGUACACCUAAAGAAGAGACGAAUGAAGCGAUAUAUGAGGAAGAGCAAAGAGGAGAAGAGGAAGAUAUGAAUGUUGAGAUUGCACUAAAAGCUGGAAAUCAAAGAAGUAAAGAAGUAGAUGUGGAAUUAAAAACAGUAAAAUCCAACGGAGAAGGGAAGGUUAAAAUUGUGGAGGAUGACAAAGAAAAACCUUUGGAGAGAGUGAGAGAUGGACAGAAUACAGUACAGGUCAGUAGAGAUGAGGCUACUCAAGACAUUGAGGGAUUAAAGUUACCCAAACCAAAGCAGCGCACCAAGCUGCAGAAACCUCCUCUUCUUCCGAAACCUCGCAGUGUUCCCAAGAGAGAAAUAACGCUGCCUCUUAGCUUAAGCACUGGGACCUGUGGCCGCUCAAAUACAGAGGAUGAGGAGAUGCUCUCAGCAUCAGACUCCUACGACCCCAGUCAAGUCGAGAGAGUGUAAUCUAUGGCACUGCCUUCGCCAGUGUGGAAAUCUGUCUUGCUCAAGUUAACAGCUUUUUCCAACAACAAAGAUUUUCAUUUCACCUUGAGGUUCUGUCAGCCGCGACCUCUCCAAUAUUGUUACACAUUACUUGUCACUGAACCGACUGUCCUGGUGCUGCAAGAGCAUUUUUACAGCCAUAUAAAGGCACCGCCGGUGCCAAUUCUCCAGGCCUUUUCAACCUCGGCUUCCUCGUCCUUCCAUUUUCUCCAGUGGUUUAUUUGCUCAAGCAAGUUGACUUCCUCCUUUUGAAAUUGUCUCACGAUUUUGCUUCUGGAAAAAUGCAUGUCAUUAUUCCUGUCUGCACUUGGGCUCCUUCUCGAGCUUGGGUGUUGAAAAAUGAAUGUAAAAGUGCUUCUGCUCAAUAAACAAAAGAAAUGUAACAGGAAAAAAACAAGAAGGCAACAGCAUUGCAUUACAAUCAGUAUUAACCUACACCAAAUGUAAAUAAGAAAGAGUUAAAAGAUUUUAUUAAGAAUAUAAAAAUCCAUUUAAGUCAUUUAAUUACUGAAACAUUUUAUAUUUUCUUAUCUAUGUUAAGAAAAGACUAGCUUUUUGGAAAUGUAGUCUUUGGGUGUAUCACUAACAAUGAAACCCCCUGUUCUUUAUUCUUAUACUUGUGUGAUAGAGAAUGUACGCAAAGAGCAUUGCAAUGAGAAACACUGUGGUCCUCGAAUAGUUUCACUCAAGAGCAAUAUAAUCAUCAUGACAUGAUUUGAGUAGCAAGCUUUUUUUUGGUUACCAGUGAGCACCUGAUAAUACUCAGAGAUUACAUUUAUCCUGUUCUUUGGCACUGUCAGUCUCCACAUCAGCAGUCAACGUCGUGCAUCUAAUUUUAAGUGUUAUUUCAGUUCGUCCUCAUACAGUUGAAGAAGAAAAUCUAUAUUUUAUGGCAUUAGCAGAAGUCUAUAUUUAACUGUGGAGUUUUCCUUUUUUCAGUGAUUUCAGAAGUGCUUUUUUUUUUGGCAGGAAAUGAUCGAUGAAGCUAUAUUGAUCGUAGUGUGCCUUGUACACACUGUUUCUGUGGAGAGUGUCAUUCGUGUGUCACAUCCCAUGUUGUCGGUUUACGAAUAUGUAAACUAAUUUAAACUGGACAUCAGUGAUUAAUUUUACUUUGAAGAAAACGUUUGGCGUUGUUUUGGCAAUAAUAAUGAUAAUAAUAGUAUUUCAUCUGAAGAAACUUAAUAUUGAUGCUGUACAGAAUACUAAUGUUGGAAUACUAAUUACAGUAUCUGUAUUUAUGUUCAAUACUUUAAUGUUGACAUAUCAGUGCUUUUGUGUGUUGUGGGAAUAACUGGCAAUUGGUUUACACUCACGAGCAAUACAAGAAAUAGAAAAAAACAUACCAAACCAAACCAAACUUUAUGCUAUGCAUUGGACAUCUACAUUUCCUGGGUGUAAUACCAAAAUUUAAAGUUGAAAAUCCUGCAACUUCUUGUUCUGCUUGUUUGACCCCGUCACUCUUUGAUCCAGUAUUUGGUUACCAGUGAGCACCUGAUAAUACUCAGAGAUUACAUUUAUCCUGUUCUUUGGCACUGUCAGUCUCCACAUCAGCAGUCAACGUCGUGCAUCUAAUUUUAAGUGUUAUUUCAGUUCUCAUACAGUUGAAGAAGAAAAUCUAUAUUUUAUGGCAUUAGCAAAGUCUAUAUUUAACUGUGGAGUUUUCCUUUUUUCAGUGAUUUCAGAAGUGCUUUUUUUUUUGGCAGGAAAUGAUCGAUGAAGCUAUAUUGAUCGUAGUGUGCCUUGUACACACUGUUUCUGUGGAGAGUGUCAUUCGUGUGUCACAUCCCAUGUUGUCGGUUUACGAAUAUGUAAACUAAUUUAAACUGGACAUCAGUGAUUAAUUUUACUUUGAAGAAAACGUUUGGCGUUGUUUUGGCAAUAAUAAUGAUAAUAAUAGUAUUUCAUCUGAAGAAACUUAAUAUUGAUGCUGUACAGAAUACUAAUGUUGGAAUACUAAUUACAGUAUCUGUAUUUAUGUUCAAUACUUUAAUGUUGACAUAUCAGUGCUUUUGUGUGUUGUGGGAAUAACUGGCAAUUGGUUUACACUCACGAGCAAUACAAGAAAUAGAAAAAAACAUACCAAACCAAACCAAACUUUAUGCUAUGCAUUGGACAUCUACAUUUCCUGGGUGUAAUACCAAAAUUUAAAGUUGAAAAUCCUGCAACUUCUUGUUCUGCUUGUUUGACCCCGUCACUCUUUGAUCCAGUAUUUGAUGUUGGACGUGUUGGAUCUAGUUGUAGACGUUCAUAGAAGUAGCUGUGACUGGAUGCUUAGAGCGAGGUUUCGUGUUUGUCCUGUUGCCCACCCGGGCGCUGUACCUCUGUGUUCCAGGUAAUGUGUUCAUUAUGACCGUUCUCGUAGGUCUUUUUGUACUUCUUUGUAACAUGAUAUAGACUAUUGUGCACAUCUUGCUUUGAUAUUUUCUAUUUUCAUACAGAAGUAUGUACAGCUUCUUUUGUAUGAGCGUAGCAUUUUUCUUUUCUUUUCAUUUUCUUUUUGUUUGCAUGAAAUGCGUAAGAAGUCACAGAGAUAGGGUGUAUUUGCAUAUAAUUGCAUUUGUUACUAUUUAGUAUAUCCAAUAAAUAACUUAUAUUUCAUACAAUGUAUAUUUUCUUUAAAAAAAAAUUCUGCUACAUAUUUGAAAACAGAACAAGGUAUUUUUAGAUUGUUGUGAAAAGGGAACUGUUUUUGAAGGCACACUAUUUGUCUGUAUUUGAAAUGAUCAUAUACACUGACGAUGAUCAGAAAUAGAGACGUGUGUGCUAUUGUACAGUACUGCAGACUAUUUAUAAACAAAAGUCUUUGCAUGAAA